AUGGGGCUCACGCACGACCCAAACUUCCACAAACUGCAGGACUGGUAUACUGCUCAUGCGCUUAACCUCAACAUGAGACACUUGUUUGAGAGUGACAAAGAGAGGUUCAACAAGUUCAGCCUGACACUAAAUACACAAGAUGGGGACAUUCUUCUUGAUUACUCCAAGAACCUCAUUACCGAUGAAGUUAUGAAAAUGUUGAUUGAUCUGGGUCAGUCAAGGGGUCUUGAAGCUGCUCGGGAGAAGAUGUUCACCGGUGAGAGGAUCAACUUCACAGAGGGGCGUGCUGUGCUCCAUGUGGCUUUGAGAAAUCGCAGCAACAAGCCCAUCAUGGUCGAUGGGAAAGAUGUGAUGCCAGAGGUCAAUAAAGUUUUGGAGAAGAUGAAAGGCUUCUGUCAUAGAGUUCGCAGUGGACAGUGGAAAGGCUACACAGGAAAGGCAAUCACAGAUGUUGUCAAUAUUGGAAUUGGAGGAUCUGACCUUGGUCCGCUCAUGGUGACCGAGGCUCUGAAGCCUUAUGCAGAAGAUGGUCCGCGUGUGUGGUUUGUGUCCAAUAUUGAUGGAACACAUAUUGCCAAAACAUUGGCAAAACUCAAUGCUCAGACGACUCUUUUCAUCAUUGCAUCCAAGACAUUCACCACACAGGAGACUAUUACUAAUGCAGAGUCUGCAAAAGCAUGGUUCCUGGAACACGCCAAAGAUAAAGCUGCAGUUGCAAAGCAUUUUGUGGCUCUGUCGACAAAUGCUACCAAAGUGAAGGAUUUCGGCAUUGAUACAGAGAACAUGUUUGAAUUCUGGGAUGUGAGUGGUGGGACAGCGGGAUUGGCCAGCAGCUGCUGGGAAAUCAGAAGCCUCUAUGCACACUGGCAACACACAGUUAUUAUUGGGAAUGACCUUCUCUUUGGCACAGGUCACUGUAAAGGCCGUGUUGCAUCAAAGUGGGUUGGUGGUCGCUUUUCUCUAUGGUCAGCCAUCGGGAUGUCCAUUGCUCUGCAUAUUGGUUUUGAAAACUUUGAGAAGCUUCUGUCAGGAGCUCAUUGGAUGGAUAACCAUUUUCGCACUGCUCCUCUUAAUAAGAAUGCCCCAAUCCUUCUGGCCUUACUUGGAAUCUGGUACAUCAACUUUUUCCAUGCUGAGACUCAUGCAAUGUUGCCCUAUGAUCAAUACAUGCACCGGUUUACCGCAUACUUCCAACAGGGUGACAUGGAGUCCAAUGGCAAGUACAUCACUAACCAGGGCGCUCGUGUAAACUACCACACUGGACCCAUAGUGUGGGGAGAGCCUGGGACCAACGGACAGCACGCCUUCUAUCAACUUAUCCACCAGGGAACGCGUAUGGUGCCUUCUGACUUUUUGAUCCCAGCUCAAUCUCAGCACCCAUUAAGAAACGGCCUGCAUCACAAGAUCCUGUUGGCAAACUUCCUUGCUCAAACAGAGGCUAUGAUGAGAGGCAAAACCACCGAAGAGGCCAGGAAGGAGCUGGAAGCCAGCGGCGUCAGUGGAGAGGAGCUGGAAAAAAUUCUUCCUCAUAAAGUUUUCCAAGGAAACCGACCAACAAAUUCAAUAAUUUUCAAGAAACUUACGCCAUACACCCUAGGAGCCCUUAUUGCACUUUAUGAGCACAAGAUCUUUGUCCAGGGUGUAAUGUGGGAGAUUAACAGCUUUGAUCAGUGGGGUGUGGAGCUUGGAAAACAACUGGCUAAGAAGAUUGAGCCUGAAUUGCAAGACUCUAAAGAAGUCCAAUCUCAUGAUUCCUCCACUAAUGGACUCAUGAACUUCCUCAAGAAAAACUUUGCAUAA